GAGCUUACUUAACUUUCAUUACUUUGUAGCACAUAGAAAAGACGAUGCCUUGUUUUCUGUGUAUGACGGGGGGUCUUGGAGGGUAUCAAGGUGAGUCAUAAAAAGGGCUGACAUAUAGAAAAAAAACAAAACUCUCUGGCUGUCGUGUGACUUCUUCCCGCUGGACCCUAACAGGUAAAAGUGGAUAAAGGCAGGCUUGUCAGCUCAGGGGUGCUGGUCCGGCUGUGGGCGGGCCGUAGUCAGGAAGUCCGAGGGAGGCAGGCUGUUCCAGGGCUGCGUGUAACUGUGGGACGCUGAGGCACGUGUAAGUGACGUGUGCUCCAUGUGAUGAGAGGGGGCAGAGAGUCCAGACCUGUCCUCCUUUGCUUGUCACCUCCUCAGGCCAGACACCAGCCUUUGAGCCACCUGAAGUCAUGAAGCGCUUUUUGCUAACCUUGGCUGUGCUGCUGCUCUUGUCCUGGGUCAUUCCAGGCAGCACUGAGAAAUGCUGGAAUCUUCGUGGCUCCUGCCGUGAGAAAUGCAUCAAGAAUGAAAAGAUUUACGUUUUCUGCAUGAGUGGAAAACUGUGCUGCGUGAAGCCCAAGUUUCAGCCAAAGUCGUUACAGACGUGGAGCCUGGCCGGAAACCCUGGCAGCCUGCUGCAGCCCGGCCUGAACACGGAAUCCAGCCAGCGGCACCAAAAAAAAAAAAAAACCAGUCCUAAAAUUUGCACGGAACCACAAAAGAUCCUGAAUAUCCAGAGCAAUCCUGAGAAAGAACAAAGCUGGAAGCAUCACACUUCCUGAUUUCAAACUAUAUUG